ACUUCCACUUACCACAUGUUGGGGUAACGCCAGUGGGUAGGGUGGUACUUAGCGCCCUUGGUAGGGAGAACGUCAAUGGCAGCGUUGGAGACGGUGACGGGAGUGGAGUUCAUAUUGAGAAUUGAUGAAGUAGUAGAUGUUGUUGUAAAGAUGGAUUGAUGCCUCUUUGGAUGCUGAAACUGGAGGUUUAUGGCCAGCUAUUUAUGUAACUUCAUGCUCCAAUUUCCUAAGUCGUGUUCUACAAAGACAGAGUUUGUUCACAUUUCUCUUUCACUAAUAGUCCUAUUGUAUCUUCUAUUGUAUCACAAACACUCAAUGCGAAGGCUGCGCCGGUCACCAUCAUGUUUCACACCCCACACGCUGUGUCUCUUUGUUCUUUGUUCUUUGUUUCUCCUUGCUUGCUACCAACGGGAGAAAGAAAAGAGACCCUGAGAGGAGAAUGAGUAAAAAGGGAGGUGAAGGUGACUGUGUGUGUAUCGUGAGACUAAAAGCGCCAAUAACGUAAAUUUCAGAGAAUAAUGCUGCGUCACCUUCCUCGUUAAAAGUUUUGAUGUGCAGGGUACUACAUGCUAUUCCGUAACUGUUUAAGAGAAUAAUGUAUAAGCUCUUCCUAAUAAUGAGUUGCAUAGAUUUUGUGUCGUAUACUAGGUAUUCGAUAUUGCUUAUCGUAGCGGAAGCACUGGAAUUUUCAUAUACCUAACCUACGCGCUGUAGUCAAUACAGCAGCAAUUGAACCCCUCCUUACAGCUCCUUUCAGCUGUCCACUUUCUUAAUUACAAACAUUUACUGUAGACAUUGUAGACAUUGUAACAAACAAUUGUUUUGACUCACUCAAGAACCGCCAGCAACGUAGCCAUUCAGUCCGUUCCAUCUCGUAUCAUCUCAUCCUCUAUUAGAAGCACCCACAUCCCCUGGGUGCUUUCCUUGCUCUCUUUGUUUGUUGUACAAUUGGUAUUAUUGUUUUCCUUUUCCUCAAAGAACAUAGACUGCUGCUUGUUCGUUGUAAGCAGCACACUUCUAUAUAAACCUUUGUUCAUAACUACACCUAACUACAUAGUUUUCCCCAGUCUUUCAACUGUGUUGUCCCUCUAACUAAUAGACUCUGUCGAAUACUCUGUGGUAGUCACUUCAUAAUUUCCAACACAUAGUCACUAAAAAUGUCUGUUUCCAUGUGAUACGUACUAACAGACUGAAAUCCGGGCAAUUUCAGUCCUGUAGCUCAGUUGUUGCUCUCGUCCUCACAUACUCUCUACCAUUACAACUAGACAUGUAUCCUACGGGUAUAAGACCUGUACUGUCCUCUCUCGGCCAGCGACUCUCACAGUCGUUUACAAAGACCACCGUUUCUCCUUACACAGGCCGGUUUGUCCGAUACUUCUCCAGGUCUUAUCGUUCCAGUCCUAUUCGAGGACUGUCAUCUACCCUGAGAGUUCCAUACCGUAGUUUUCUCUCCACGAACUUAACCUCUCCCUACACCCAGAAACGCACCACCAUGUCUGCCCAAAAAACGAGUGUUAAUGUUGCUGUUAUCGGUACUGGUAACAUCGGAGGCGAGCUCUUGAACCAAAUCCAAGGCUUCAACAUCUCUGCCAAGGCUGCCAAUACUCCUCAAUUCAAUGUCGUGGCUAUUUCCUCCAUUGAGGGCCACUUCAUCUCCAAGGACUAUUCUCCCAUUGACUUGGGCAACUGGAAGGCUGUCAGCCAAACUGGCAACGGCCCUGCCUCCUUCGAGGUCCUUGCUGACUUUUUGGGCAAGAGCACCCUUCCUGCUAUUGUCGUCGACAACACUGCCUCUGAGGCUGUUGCCUACUCUUACCCCUUGUUCUUGAGCAAGGGUAUCAACAUUGCUACACCCAACAAGAAGGCUUUCUCUGCCCCCUUGGCCAAGUACAAGGAAAUUAUUGAUGCCUCUCGUAAGAGUGGUGCUCUUUUGAUGCACGAAUCCUCUGUCGGCGCUGGUUUGCCCAUUAUCUCCACCCUCAAGGAGCUCAUUCUUACUGGUGAUGAAAUCCUCAAGGUUGAGGGUAUUUUCUCUGGCACUAUGUCCUACAUUUUCAACAACUGGUCUCCCAACGGCAAGAAGGGUACCGCUGCCUUCUCCGAGGUCGUCAAGGUCGCCAAGGACAACGGUUUUACCGAGCCUGACCCUCGUGAUGACUUGAAUGGUAUGGAUGUCGCCCGUAAGGUCACGAUUCUUUCUCGUAUCGCCGGUCUCGAUAUCGAGUCCCCCGAGGCUUUCCCCGUUCACUCUCUCAUUCCCGAGCCUUUGGUCACUGCUGCCUCCGCUGAUGACUUCAUGGCCGGUCUUCCCGCCUUUGAUGCCAGCAUCGCCGCUGUCCGUGAGGCUGCUGAGAAGGAAGGAAAGGUUGUUCGUUUCGUCGGUGAGUCUGACCUUGUGAGCAAGAAGACCAGUGUUUCUCUCAAGUCCUACGAAACUACCCAUCCUUUCGCCAACUUGCAACACGCUGAUAACAUUAUCUCUUUCACGACCAAGCGUUACAGCACCACCCCUCUUGUCGUGAUUGGUGCUGGUGCCGGUGCUGCUGUUACUGCUGCUGGUGUCCUUGGUGACAUGAUCAAGAUCCUCUCUCAAGUUCGUGCCGCCGAUGCUCCCUCCAAAAACUAA